GGUGUGUUUCCGACACCACCUGAAAGCAUCACGCAGAGCUGCAUUUGCUACUUCUAGCCUGACACAAGCUAAUUUUCAAGCAUGUCUGAGAAGGAGCUGGGGAAAAAGUGGGACCGAUGCUUGGCAGACGGUGCCAUUAAACUAGGCACCGGGCUGGGAUUAGGCAUUGUGUUUUCUGUUCUGUUCUUCAAACGGCACACAUGGCCAAUUUCACUCAGCUCAGGAGCAGGACUUGGCAUGGCAUAUGCCAAUUGUCAGAAUGACCUGAGGUCACAUUACAUACUACACAGAGGCGAUAAGGAGCAAUAGCUGCACGCCAUCAAGGGACUGUCGUUUUUUUAAAAAAGAAAAUCCAAAAUGUUUGUUUUUGCUUUGAUUGUGGGAGCAUCACCAUUUGCACUGUUCUACAGUUAGACUCUUGUCUCCCUGUUGACAUAUUUCCCUGUAUGACUGUAUGACUUGUAUAUGCCCUAUCAGGACAGUCUGUGUUUAUUUAAUAAA